AUGACUUCCAUUGCUCACAAUUCAAAUCUAGGGAAGUCCGAGGACCUGGGCUGCAGCUCUUUUGUAAACGAAGUAGGUAGCUUGUCAAGCAUCUGGACCCUGGACCAUUCAGAUUCAUCUGAUGUUUCAAACAAUUCUGAAACAUUUCAGGUAGAGAAAGAAGACGUAAUCUCCAGCAAGUCUGCAGACUAUCGAGUAUUGGACUUUAUUGGAGAAGGAGGAUUUGGCAAGGUUGCAAAAUGUGUCAACCUAAAAACCUCAGAGAUUAUAGCCAUUAAGAUUCACAAAGACAGUGAAGAUCAAGUUGAAGAAGUGAGAAUGCUAGAAAAAAUCAGGAAGCUUGACCCAGAGAAGAACAACCUUAUAAGAUGUAUUGACAAUUUCUUUUUCGGAGACGUUUCUUGCCUCGCAUUUGAGAUGUUGGAUCAGAGCCUUUUGGACUUUAUGGUUAACAGACAGAAAGCAUAUACGCUUAAUGAAAUCCGUCCAAUCACACAGCAGCUACUUGUAGCAUUCAAAGCCCUGAAGAGCAUUGGCAUCAUUCAUUCAGACCUUAAACAUGACAACAUCAUGCUUGUGAACCACCAGAAUCAGCCCUUUAGGAUUAAAUUGAUCGACUUUGGUGAGGCCAUCCCAACAUCUGAAGUAGAAAUUGGAACAGAAAUGCAACUUCAACAAUACAGAGCUCCAGAGGUGAACUUGGGCCUCCCCAUUUCUGAGGCCAUAGACAUGUGGUCACUGGGAUGUAUUAUUACAGAGAUGUAUAUUGCUGAUCACCUCUUCCCUGACAGCUCAACAUACUGUAUUAUGAAAGUAAUUUGCCAUCUUAUUGGCCAACCAGGAGACCACUUGCUAAAUGCUGGAAAGUUCUCCUCCGAGUACUUCAUUAGGGAACGGAAAAAUAGUCCAGAGUGGAGAUUUAAAACGCCAGAGGAGUACAAGGAAGGAACCGGUGUCGAGUCCGACAUUUCAGAGCAUGCUUUAGACCAGUACUCAAGUUUGGAUGAAGCAUUUGAGGAUUACGUAGAGGAAAAGGGCAGAGUUGAGUUGAAAGACAGGAUGGCCUUUGUACAACUGCUUAAAUGGUUAUUUGACCUGGAUGCUAACUCACGGAUCACACCCGAGCAAGCCCUGACUCACAGCUUUGUAACAAUGGGUCACCUGGAGGAGGACCUGGACUGCAGCCCUUAUGUAACAGAUGCUGUUAGGUGGAUGACCAUCUGCAGACUGGACCAUUCUGAUGCAUCGGAUGUUCCUGUCAAUAAUUACGAAACUGACUCGAGUGGUGGAGAGAAAGACAUGGAAAUCUCCUGUAAUGCAGACGCACGGCCAGAUGGUUUCUGUCAAGAUCCUCCUAUCACAUCUUUUAGGAAAAGCUCACAGAAAGAGCAACCCAUGACUUCCAUUGCUCACAAUUCAAAUCUAGGGAAGUCCGAGGACCUGGGCUGCAGCUCUUUUGUAAACGAAGUAGGUAGCUUGUCAAGCAUCUGGACCCUGGACCAUUCAGAUUCAUCUGAUGUUUCAAACAAUUCUGAAACAUUUCAGGUAGAGAAAGAAGACGUAAUCUCCAGCAAGUCUGCAGACUAUCGAGUAUUGGACUUUAUUGGAGAAGGAGGAUUUGGCAAGGUUGCAAAAUGUGUCAACCUAAAAACCUCAGAGAUUAUAGCCAUUAAGAUUCACAAAGACAGUGAAGAUCAAGUUGAAGAAGUGAGAAUGCUAGAAAAAAUCAGGAAGCUUGACCCAGAGAAGAACAACCUUAUAAGAUGUAUUGACAAUUUCUUUUUCGGAGACGUUUCUUGCCUCGCAUUUGAGAUGUUGGAUCAGAGCCUUUUGGACUUUAUGGUUAACAGACAGAAAGCAUAUACGCUUAAUGAAAUCCGUCCAAUCACACAGCAGCUACUUGUAGCAUUCAAAGCCCUGAAGAGCAUUGGCAUCAUUCAUUCAGACCUUAAACAUGACAACAUCAUGCUUGUGAACCACCAGAAUCAGCCCUUUAGGAUUAAAUUGAUCGACUUUGGUGAGGCCAUCCCAACAUCUGAAGUAGAAAUUGGAACAGAAAAGCAACUUCAACAAUACAGAGCUCCAGAGGUGAACUUGGGCCUCCCCAUUUCUGAGGCCAUAGACAUGUGGUCACUGGGAUGUAUUAUUACAGAGAUGUAUAUUGCUGAUCACCUCUUCCCUGACAGCUCAACAUACUGUAUUAUGAAAGUAAUUUGCCAUCUUAUUGGCCAACCAGGAGACCACUUGCUAAAUGCUGGAAAGUUCUCCUCCGAGUACUUCAUUAGGGAACGGAAAAAUAGUCCAGAGUGGAGAUUUAAAACGCCAGAGGAGUACAAGGAAGGAACCGGUGUCGAGUCCGACAUUUCAGAGCAUGCUUUAGACCAGUAUUCAAGUUUGGAUGAAGCAUUUGAGGAUUACGUAGAGGAAAAGGGCAGAGUUGAGUUGAAAGACAGGAUGGCCUUUGUACAACUGCUUAAAUGGUUAUUUGACCUGGAUGCUAACUCACGAAUCACACCCGAGCAAGCCCUGACUCACAGCUUUGUAACAAUGGGUCACCUGGAGGAGGACCUGGACUGCAGCCCUUAUGUAACAGAUGCUGUUAGGUGGAUGACCAUCUGCAGACUGGACCAUUCUGAUGCAUCGGAUGUUCCUGUCAAUAAUUACGAAACUGACUCGAGUGGUGGAGAGAAAGACAUGGAAAUCUCCUGGAAGUCCGAGGACCUGGGCUGCAGCUCUUUUGUAAACGAAGUAGGUAGCUUGUCAAGCAUCUGGACCCUGGACCAUUCAGAUUCAUCUGAUGUUUCAAACAAUUCUGAAACAUUUCAGGUAGAGAAAGAAGACGUAAUCUCCAGCAAGUCUGCAGACUAUCGAGUAUUGGACUUUAUUGGAGAAGGAGGAUUUGGCAAGGUUGCAAAAUGUGUCAACCUAAAAACCUCAGAGAUUAUAGCCAUUAAGAUUCACAAAGACAGUGAAGAUCAAGUUGAAGAAGUGAGAAUGCUAGAAAAAAUCAGGAAGCUUGACCCAGAGAAGAACAACCUUAUAAGAUGUAUUGACAAUUUCUUUUUCGGAGACGUUUCUUGCCUCGCAUUUGAGAUGUUGGAUCAGAGCCUUUUGGACUUUAUGGUUAACAGACAGAAAGCAUAUACGCUUAAUGAAAUCCGUCCAAUCACACAGCAGCUACUUGUAGCAUUCAAAGCCCUGAAGAGCAUUGGCAUCAUUCAUUCAGACCUUAAACAUGACAACAUCAUGCUUGUGAACCACCAGAAUCAGCCCUUUAGGAUUAAAUUGAUCGACUUUGGUGAGGCCAUCCCAACAUCUGAAGUAGAAAUUGGAACAGAAAAGCAACUUCAACAAUACAGAGCUCCAGAGGUGAACUUGGGCCUCCCCAUUUCUGAGGCCAUAGACAUGUGGUCACUGGGAUGUAUUAUUACAGAGAUGUAUAUUGCUGAUCACCUCUUCCCUGACAGCUCAACAUACUGUAUUAUGAAAGUAAUUUGCCAUCUUAUUGGCCAACCAGGAGACCACUUGCUAAAUGCUGGAAAGUUCUCCUCCAAGUACUUCAUUAGGGAACGGAAAAAUAGUCCAGAGUGGAGAUUUAAAACGCCAGAGGAGUACAAGGAAGGAACCGGUGUCGAGUCCGACAUUUCAGAGCAUGCUUUAGACCAGUAUUCAAGUUUGGAUGAAGCAUUUGAGGAUUACGUAGAGGAAAAGGGCAGAGUUGAGUUGAAAGACAGGAUGGCCUUUGUACAACUGCUUAAACGGUUAUUUGACCUGGAUGCUAACUCACGAAUCACACCCGAGCAAGCCCUGACUCACAGCUUUGUAACAAUGGGUCACCUGGAGGAGGACCUGGACUGCAGCCCUUAUGUAACAGAUGCUGUUAGGUGGAUGACCAUCUGCAGACUGGACCAUUCUGAUGCAUCGGAUGUUCCUGUCAAUAAUUAUGAAACUGACUCGAGUGGUGGAGAGAAAGACAUGGAAAUCUCCUCAUCAGAGCACUUCCUGCAGUACCUCCUGACCGUGGUGGCAUCUUCCCCAUAA